CCUAAAAAAGUUUCUUUUUUCAAAAGCUCCAUCUUAGGCACCUAGCUUGAGAGUACUUUGUCUGCGGGAAGACAAAGAGUUCUACAUUGAAAGUACGACGAAACUUACUCGUGCCUACAGUUUGAACAACGAUUUUGACGAUUAUUCCCAUCCCCUUUAUAAAACCCUAGAAAAGCCCGCGGAAAGUCUGUCUUCAGAAAUAAUAUCUCGAUCCACAAGCUCAGGCCACAAGUGUCAAGAAAUUAUGUUCCUUUACCUCAGGUUAAAAAUCAAAAUACUGAGUUGCAUACUGUGUUAUUAGUUAUAUAUUACUUACUGUGAGUGCGGAUGCUUAUGCGUGAUUCGUGAGGAUAGGGAGAAAGAGGCCUGUGUUGACGACUUUGAUGUUUGUUAUGUGUUUGGAAGAAAUUUAAUCCCCGUUUUUCUUGAAAUUUGCUCCUGUAAUUGUUGCCUCUUUCACUGUGGCCACAGGAGGUUCAGUGAUCGCGAUCUUAGCGAUAAAGUACAGGACCUUAAAUGGGCUGUUGGUAAGAGGGAAGUGAAUUGCAGGGAUUUAGUUGACGAAAUUUUCUGGGUUGACUGUAACUGAAGAAAUCUUUUUGUGUACAAGUGAAUAUUGAGUUCGUUUUGAAGCUUUUUAUUCAAUCUUUAAAAUUUUAGUUUGAGGGAGCGAUAUACUCAUAUACACAGUGUUGUCAAUUAUAAUGGAUGAAGCUUCGAAUGCUUUGCCUCCCUUCCUUGCCAAGACUUAUGAAAUGGUGGAUAACUCCUCAACCAACCCCAUCGUCUCUUGGAGUCAGAACAACAAAAGUUUCAUUGUUUGGAACCCGCCAGAAUUUUCCAGAGAUCUCUUGCCCAGAUACUUCAAGCAUAACAACUUCUCCAGCUUUAUCAGACAGCUGAAUACUUACGGGUUCAGGAAAGUUGAUCCUGAGCAAUGGGAAUUUGCAAAUGAUGACUUUGUUAGAGAUCAGCCUCAACUUAUGAAGAACAUCCACAGACGAAAACCAGUUCAUAGUCACUCUACACUUAAUCUUCAGGCCUCAUCUCCAUUGAAUGAAUCAGAAAGACAAGGGUACAAGGAUGAUAUCACAAAGCUAAAUCGCGAAAAAGAGUCCAUUCAAUUGGAACUUCAAAGACAUAAGCAGGAAAACCAAGGAUUUGAGUUGCAAAUGCGCGGGUUGACUGAACAAUUACAGCAUGUGGAACAGGGACAAAGGAGUAUGCUAUCCUCCUUAGCUGAAUUGCUGGAUAAACCAGAGCUGACGCUAAGUCUGGUUCCCCAAAUGGGAUUGCCUUAUAGAAAGAGACGGCUUCCAGGAAACAGUUAUCUUUAUGCAGAAAGUGUCAUCGACGGAAAUCGACCAAUGGAAGACAUCAUCCAAAAUACUAUUCCUAACUUUAACAAGGAGUUGUUAGAUCAAUUAGAGUCAUCUUUGAUAUUCUGGGAAAAUCUGUUUCAAGAUGUUGGUCAAAUAGUUCAGGUCCAUGAGAGUUCAGGAACUGAGUUGGAUGAAUCUACCAGUUGUUGUGCAGAUAGCCCCGCCAUAUCAUACACACAGCUUGGUGAUGGGGGACCCAAGACUUCAGGAAUUGAUAUGAAUGCAGUGCCAAAUAGGAACCUGGUUUCGGAGGUGGGCCCACACCAAGAUCCUGACAUAGUACAAGAGGUUGCUCCUAACACUCCCAAAAGAGUAAAUGACUUGUUCUGGGAACAAUUCCUGACAGAGAAUCCCGGGUCAACUGAUGCACCAGAGGUGCAGUCACAAAGGAAAGAUCUUGAUGCCAAAAAAAGUGAAAAUAAAGCAGCCGAGCAAGGGAAGUUCUGGUGGAAUAUGAGCAAUGUAAAUAGCCUUGCCGAACAGUUGGGGCAUCUCACUCCGGCAGAGAGAACCUAAAUUGGUAGGUUGUGUGAUAUAUUCUUUUAGUGAUUCUAUAUUUGUUUCAUUUUUAUACAUUCUGGCUUGUAUUCUAGAGAGAGAUCGGUUGAUUCAUUAGGGAAUAAAUAACCACUUAUGCAUGCUGUGAAUCUAAAGUUGCUAGCACCAUAUGUCUAGUUUAUUAAUGAGUUAUGACUAUGUUCUGGAUUGCCAUUCUUCUGCCCCUUGGCAUAUUUAUAUGAUACGCGAGUAUGACUUUGUAUCAUUAUGCAAAAACAAUUGAUAUAAUAAUAGGCUUUGCGUUUUUUCUGCUAGAUCUCUCUUAAUUCGAGAAUCCAGAACUUAUCCCCAUAUUCUACGUGAGAAGGAAAUACACCUGCAUCCAUUCAAUGAUGAAUAGUGGGACAUUGAGAUGCACACUUGCAUCCAUUCAAUGAUGAAUAGUGGACAUUGAGAAAGAUAUACUGACUAUUGAUUUUAUUGAGUCUACCUUCCUCCCAGUUAGUUUGGGACACCAAGAAAAAAUAGAAGUCUUGCUUGGUAUUGAAUGAGCAAAUUAUGAAUAAUACUAUUAGUAAAAAAGAAAGAGGCACACAAUGUGUGGAACGCUGGACUACUUGGCACCAGAAAUGGUGGAGAACAAAGCUCAUGAUUAUGCAGUUGAUAACCGGACUCUAGGCGUUCUCUGCUAUGAGUUUCUGUAUGGUAUGCCUCCAUUUGUGACAGAAACCCAGAAGGAUACCUUUAGAAGAAUUAUGAAGGUUGAUCUCAUUAGUCGGCUUCUUGCGAAGGACUCUUAGCAAAGGCUAUCCCAUCAUAAGAUCAAGGAUCAUCCAUGGAUAACAAACAAUGCAAAUCCCAAGGGAGCUUGCUGGAGCUGACCAAUUUGUUCUUCCUACUAAAUCUUUGAGAUGGCAGAUCUUUUAUUCAAAAACGUUAUAAGAAGACAUCAAUAGGGAAAGAACUUCACUUGUUCCUCCUUUUGCUAGUGAAGUACUCACUAUCCAUAUCUUAUGGCACAACCAGAUAUGGGAAAUUGUCUUCUGUAGUUUCCUUAAAUGGUUCCUUGUCAAAAAUUGUAUUGGUAUGUCUUGCACACCAGAGCAUGUAUUUUCUGGGUGAAAUUGUUUCUUAUAGGUUGGAUGUAUGUGCAUAUAAAGAUUAUAUUUUGCAGUUUGUGCAAAACAGAGACAUUUAAUGUGGAUGACAUUAUUAAUGAAUACCUACGCUGAUAGAG